AUGUCAUUCAAAGAGCACAAUCGCCAGUAUGACUUGGUUGUCUUUGGAGCCACGGGAUAUACCGGUCGCCUGGCAGCCGAGUACAUUACCGCCAACUUCCCAGUCAAUUUGAAAUGGGCCAUUGCCGGUCGUUCUGAGUCAAAGCUCCAAGCAAUCGUCGAUGUCUGCAAGAAGCUGAACUCGGACAGAAACCCUCCAGCAAUUGAAACGGCGGGAGUGGAUAACUAUGACGAAAUGAGUGCGCUGGCGAAAAAGACAUUUGUCCUGGUUACAACUGUCGGCCCGUAUAGCGCUCAUGGAGAGUAUGCAGUAAAAGCAUGCGCCGAAGCCGGUACACAUUACUUCGAUGUAACUGGUGAGACCCCGUGGGUCUAUAGGAUGAUUCAGAAGUAUGAAAAGUCUGCCAAAGAGAGCGGUGCUAUUCUCAUCUCCCAGAUGGGAUUGGAGUCUGCUCCAGCAGAUCUGUGCACCUGGUCUUUGGCUCAAACGCUCCAGAAGCAACUGAAUGCCAUGACAAGAGAUGUUAUUAUUUCGAUUCAUAACCUGCGAGCGGCUCCCUCUGGGGGCACGGUUUCAACUGUUCUCACCUUAUUCGAUCACUUCACCCUGAGUGAGCUGGCAGAGUCUGGAAAACCGUUUGCCUUAUCCCCUGUGCCCCAUCCGGGAGAGCCAAAACGACACAAUGCCUCCAUUUGGCAAAAGAUAUUUGGCGUCCACUAUGUGCCUAAUCUUGGAACCGUCACCACGGCCUUUACCAGUGCUGCCGACCAAGGAUUAGUAGAACGCUCAUGGGGCCUUUUAUCAGAAAUUCCAAGCCGGAAAGACGAGUUCUACGGGCCCAAUUUCCAUUGGGCGGAAUGCUACAGGCCUCGCAAUUGGCUGUAUGGAGUCAUCGUCCAUUGGAUCAUCGUCAUUGGGGUAUUUCUGGUAGCUACCGGAAAGCCUGUCAGGACUCUGUUCCGGUAUUUCGUUCCGGCACCAGGCACUGGACCGUCCAAGGAUGAAAUGGAGAAGGAGGAGGUUGAAUGGCGCGGCAUUGCGAACCCGGAUACGGAGUUGCCUGCUGAUAGGCAAGCCUUUUGUCGAGCAUGGUAUUAUGGUAGCAUGUAUUCGUUGACGGCAAUGUUAUGUUGCGAGGCUGCUCGAACAGUCUUGGAGGAUGAUCUUGAGCUCGAUGGAGGCUUCUAUACCCCUUGUUGUCUUGGGCAGGGCAUUGUUGACCGAGCUCAUAGGGGAGGCUUCAAGAUGGAGACGCGAAUUCGGCAUAAAUGA